AUGAGCGUGUUAGAUUAUGUAUUGGUUCCACUAGGGCUUGGUGUAAUGGCAGGCUAUCAGGGGUGGCUCCUCUACAUGGUGAUGAAGCACCCAACCAAAACAGUCAUUGGCAUCAAUUCCAUCAACAGGAGAGCAUGGGUCAACACAAUGAUGGAGGAUCCAUCAAAAAAUGGAAUUCUUGCAGUCCAAACGCUAAGGAACAACAUAAUGGCAUCAACUCUACUAGCGUCCACAGCAAUCAUGCUAUGUUCACUAGUAGCCAUGCUCAUGACUCAAUCUCCUCAAGGCCAAAGCAUCAUCACUACUUCAAACACAAGCAUAAACUUCUCCCUCAAGUCAUUCCUCAUAUUGGUAUGCUUCCUCAUUGCAUUCCUGAUGAACGUCCAAUCCAUAAGAUUCUACAAUCAUGCAAGCAUUUUGAUCAACGCGAGGAGAUCCCCGCUCCUGACGCAUGAGUAUGUUGCCUCAAUGAUCAAUAGAGGGAGCUAUUUUUGGUCGAUAGGAUUGAGAGCGGGAUGGUUGCGGCGGAGGAGGGAGAAGAGAGUAAUGAGUGUGGAGGAGAUGGAGAUACAAGAAUAUGUAUUCCUUCUUAAAUGA